AUGCCGCGCACGCUGCCCGACGGUCGCGUGGAGUCACCCGGCGUGCUGCGCAUCUACCUGGCAUCGAUGUUUAUCCUGGCCGCAUUCUAUGCCAUCAGCGCAGUUAUCCAGACCGUCGUCAACGGGCUGCUCGGGGGCCUGCGCGCCAUCGGUAUCCUCCGAGGCAACAGCACAUUCAAGGAGCAGCCUCAAUAG